CGAUAAGCGGCGCCUCGAAGAAGUUCGUAGGCUCGUUUGCGGUGGUGACGGGGGACAAGGGAUUCACUAAAUAAAGGGGCAGGGGUGCCGCUUUAUUGGAGGGUUUCCGCGGAUACGUGGGAGCACUUCCGGGGGGGGGUGAAAAGGGAGAGCGGGAAAACAAAGCGGGGAUAAUGGGAGUUUCCGCGGGAAGCACGCUGCUCGACAAGAACGUCGAGCGACUGCUCUCGGAGCCCUGGGGCGCGGCUCAGGCCGGAGUUCAGUACAACAAGGAGGUCCUCGGGUCUCUAUGUGAACAGUUCUCUCGGCUCGAGCCCCAGGCUCGUCGAGGGGCCUUGCAGGGCACCCUCUUCAUGAGGAAAGGUCAGCGGGACUCUUUGAAGGAGGAGAUCCGGACUCUCGUAGAUCUCGCGACCAACGACAAAGACCAGUGGGUGAGCUUGAUCGCACGGGCUCUGGGUGGCCUCAGGGAAAGAUUUGACCUUCAGCAGCUUCAGCAGGACGUUCCUGCGGUUGCCGACGCCGUCGCGUCGAUUAGGGACAAGAUUCAGGUGGAUGGAACGCCGGACAAUUACCGACCUAUGGAGGAAAUGUACCUCUCCCCGCGGCUUCUCGCUGCGGCGGGGGCGCCUCCGUGCGAAGCCUCCGCGCCGACCCACGGGCACUUCACGCCGAGGGCUCGAAGGGAGCCCAAGAAGAGGUUCGCCGGCACAGCGACCGCGAGUGUCGCCCCGAAGACUACCGUUCAGGCCAGCCGCCCGGCGUCCACGUCCAUGUUCGCGCCGCCCAGCCGUAAGCCGGCGACGUCAUUUUUCCGAGACUCGGGUCCGAGCUCGAAGAAGACGGGUGCGGCGUCGGCCAAGUCGUUCCUGUCCAAAAGCAGAGACACCGGGACAAAGACGAUGAUGAUCGACGUCAACGAGGCGGCGGCCCUCGGUCAGGUGAUGGGUGAGGACCUCAACAGGGCUCAGCGUGAGCUCGAGAAGCGGGAGGAGCAGGAGGCUCGUGAGCAGGCGAGGGAGCGCGAGCGGGAGGAGCGCGAGCAGAAGAAGAAGCUCGAGCAAGAGCAGAAGAAGCUCCGCAUCCAAAAGAUGAUGGAGGAGCGCGAACAGAAGAAAAAGCUCGAGCUCGAACGCAAGCGCGCCCGCGAAGAGGAACUCGCCAAGCGCAAGAAUGACGCCAAGCGCCCGAGAACCGAGGCUCCCUCGCGAGAAGAGGUGUCGACUCCGAGUCCCCAUGAGUCGGACCCGAUGCCCAUACACGGCGUGAUUUGAUUCUGGAUUCACAAACAUUCAUUCAUUUUCGGGGAAAGGAGAGAAACCAGUGUAUGUACAAGGACACGGAAAACAGUAUUAUAUUCGUAGAACAGGGAAACAAACGGGGAAACUAGAAGCAGCAGUAGACAAACAAAAGCUCGGCCCAGUCGAGCACCAAAAAAAUAGGAAGAAAAUAGGAGAACGCAGGGUUCUGCCCUGCAACAAAAACAGGUUUUAGGACUGUCACAUUUGGAAUUGAUGAUUAUUCAAAUCGCACG